GGCCAGGCGUUGGAGGCUGCACUGAAUUACAUUUGCACCACUGCCCUCCAGCCUGGGCAGCAAAGCAAGAUCCCAUCUCUAUAAAACAAACAAAAACAGAAGAGCAAUUCCAGGGCACCCCUGUUUCCAGCUCUCUUCACUUUACAUUCUCAAAAUAAAAAUAGUGUCCCUUUGACAGGCACUUUUUCAUCUCCAGUUCACGGCUAAAGCGUCUCUCCUUCCAGACGUCCCCCACGGCCACACCAAGCGGAACCCCAAGAAGGAAGAGUCUGCUUUUCCUCCUGAAGCCAUAGGUGGCUGGAGGUGCCCAGCUGGCCGUGGGGGGCGGUGCUGACACGUGCAUAACUGUAGCUUUCACACCUGGACACGUACCGGAGGGGCAGAAAACUUCUCCCUGAAACCGAAACGAAAACUCUGGGCCAUUUUAAAACCAGUCUGAGGAAGCUGUUUGUACAGCAGUUGAUCCCGGGCGAGGACCCCUCCAGGAUGCAAGUCCCCAACAGCACCGGCCCGGACAACGCGACGCUGCAGAUGCUUCGGAACCCGGCGAUCGCGGUGGCCCUGCCCGUGGUGUACUCGCUGGUGGCGGCGGUCAGCAUCCCGGGCAACCUGUUCUCCCUGUGGGUGCUGUGCCGGCGCAUCGGGCCCAGAUCCCCUUCUGUCAUCUUCAUGAUCAACCUGAGCGUCACGGACCUGAUGCUGGCCAGCGUGCUGCCUUUCCAAAUCUAUUACCACUGCAACCGCAACCACUGGGUAUUCGGGGUGCUCCUUUGCAACGUGGUAACGGUGGCCUUUUACGCAAACAUGUAUUCCAGCAUCCUCACCAUGACAUGCAUCAGCGUGGAGCGCUUCCUGGGGGUGCUGUACCCGCUCAGCUCCAAGCGCUGGCGCCGUCGUCGUUACGCGGUGGCCGCGUGCGCAGGGACCUGGCUGCUGCUCCUCACCGCCCUGUCCCCGCUGGCGCGCACCGAUCUCACCUACCCGGUGCACGCCCUGGGUAUCGUCACCUGCUUCGACGUGCUCAAGUGGACGAUGCUCCCCAGCGUGGCCAUGUGGGCCGUGUUCCUCUUCACCAUCUUCAUCCUGCUGUUCCUCAUCCCUUUCGUGGUCACCGUGGCUUGUUACACGGCCACCAUCCUCAAGCUUUUACGCACGGAGGAGGCGCACGGCCGGGAGCAGCGGAGGCGCGCGGUGGGCCUGGCCGUAGUGGUCCUGCUGUCGUUUGUCACCUGCUUCGCCCCCAACAACUUCGUGCUCCUGGCGCACAUCGUGGGCCGCCUGUUCUAUGGCAAGAGCUACUAUCACGUGUACAAGCUCACCCUGUGUCUCAGCUGCCUCAACAACUGUCUGGACCCGUUUGUCUAUUACUUUGCGUCCCGGGAAUUCCAGCUGCGCCUGUGGGAGUAUUUGGGCUACCGCCGGGUGCCCGGAGAACCCCUGGACACGCGUCGCGAGAGCCUCUUCUCCGCCAGGACCACGUCCGUGCGCUCCGAGGCCGGUGCGCACCCCGAAGGGGUGGAGGGGGCCCCCAGGCCCGGCCUCCAGAGGCAGGAGAGCGUGUUCUGAGUCCCGCAGGGGAGCAGCUUGGAGAUCCAGGGGCGCAUGGAGAGGUCACGGUGCCAGAGGUUCAGGGAGAAGAGCUGCAUCUCUCCCAGGCACUGCAGAGGCACCGGUGCGGAAGGGUCUCCAGCCUUCACUCAGGGUAGAGAAAAAAGCGAGGCCCAGCGGUGCACAGGGCGCUUUGUUAUCCUGCAGAAGGUGCCUCUGCCUCUCUGUGCCACGGGACAGCGGGUGCCACCAUUGCCCGGCUAAUUUUUGUAUUUUUUUAGUAGGGCCGGGGUGUCACCCCCGAGCUCCUUGGACACCUCUUCUCACACCUGUCCGUACCGGAGCGUGGAUAUUCCACCAGCCCCACUGCCUCCCCGACUCCGUUUCUGGAUAUCCUCCCGGGGCGACCUGCGAGCCCCGUUCCCAGCUCUUCUCCUUGCUGACAUCGUCGCUUAGCUGUGGUUCUGGCCUUCCCCACCCUCCCCCGAGAGGUUCUGGUCUCCGUAGCUUGGUGCACACCGAAAUUUCUGUUUAUUUCACUCAGGAGCAUUGCAGUUGCUGUGUUUGGAAUUCUUCUUUCAGAGACUCCAGCAAGUCAGCUACUCUGCGUCCCCACUUCCCCACGCGCCGCCACGUCCCAACCCCCACCCUGGAGGUGACCACCGUGAUUUUUGGCACAGUUGUUCUGACCCGGCUUGGUGGGACCCCACCCCUAUUCUGCUUCUGUGAGUCCCUGAUAGGGAAUGAUGUCCCAUCGGGUCCCUGGAACACACUCAGGCCUCCGUGACUCAGGACAAGGACCACGGGAGGCCCAGGUGUAGAAAGGAGGCUCCGUGAGACGGGCCCCCAGGCCACGCCAACCCAAGGGUGCAGCUCGAUUCGGGAGUUCCCCACCUCCUGCCCAUUCUCUGCGUCCUUUUCCCCCACGGACAGCCUCAGCCAUGGCAAGUCCAACUGGCCUGCCCGUGAGACCGUUUGGAGACCGAGCAGCAGGUGCAGGUGUGGACCCCAGGAACCUACAGGGGUAUCAGCCGCUGAGCCCCCUCCGUGCUGUGUGGGUGGUGAGCAGGCUGUGUCUUUGUCUGUCUUCCACACGGGAUGUGCCUGUACCAGCCCCAAUACCUGAGCUGGUUCAGGGCAAAGAAGAGCUCUGACUCCCCAGGGGUGUCGGAACAUCAUGUGCAAUUGGAUCCCAGGCUCUCUUGGGCGAGAAGGACCAGUCUGGAGGUGGGAGUGGGAACGCUGCCUGUCUGUUCAGGGUCUCUGUGUCUCCACAGUGAGUGGCCUCGGAUGCCCAGCCCCUCCCUUUCUGUGCACUGCGGACGCUGAUGGAGGCUGAAGCUGCUGUUCAGAGGUCCUCUGUUGGUGCCUCUUUCCUGCCGUCAUCACUGUGGCGGGAAAACAGAGAUGGUUUAGUAAUGAAUUAUCAUUCCCAAAACCCGUGUCCACCUGGAACAUCAGGAUGGGACCGUAUUUGAAAAUCGGGUCUUUACAAAUGUAAUGAAGUAAGGCGAGGCCAUCCUGCAUUUACAGUGAACCCCAUCCAGUGUCCCUGUGAGAGACGGAAGAGGAGACACACACACAGAGGAGGAGGCCACAUAAAGACAGAGGCAGAGGCUGCAGUGAUGCUGCCACAAGCCCAGGGAUGCCUGCAGCCCCCAGGAGCUGCUCCCCUCAAGUCUCUGGAGGGAACUGGAUAUAAUUGUGGUGCACUGAACAGUUGCCCCAGAAAGACAUGUCUUGUUUUAAAGCCCAGAACCUGAAAUUAUUAUAGAUUUUAUUUGGUAAUAAGGAACUUUGCAUAUGUAAUCACUUAAGGAUAUGAAGAUGAGAUCGUCCUGGAUUAUUAAGCAGCCUAAAUGCCAUGACCAGUGUCCUUCUUUUUUUUUUUUUUUUUUUUUUUUUGAGACAGAGUCUCGCUCUGUCUCCCGGACUGGAGUGCAGUGGCGCAAUCUCGGCUCACUGCAAGCUCCGCCUCCCGGGUUCACGCCAUUCUCCUGCCUCAGCCUCCGAGUAGCUGGGACUACAGGCGCCCGCCACCGCGCCCGGCUAAUUUUUUUGUAUUUUUUAGUAGAGACGGGGUUUCACCAUGGUCUCGAUCUCCUGACCUCGUGAUCCGCCCGCCUCGGCCUCCCAAAGUGCUGGGAUUACAAGCGUGAGCCACCGCGCCCGGCUAACCAGUGUCCUUCUAAGAGAUGGAAGAGGAGACACAGACACAGAGGAGGAGGCCACGUGGAGAUGGAGGCAGAGACUGGAGUGAUGUGGCUACAAGCCCAGGGAUGCCUGGAGCUCCCAGGAGCUGGGAGAGGCAGGAAGGACCCUCCCUUAGAGCGUCCCAGAAGGAAUUGGAUACAAUUGUAGUGGAUUGAAUAGUGGCCCCCAGAAACAUUUGUCCAUAUCCUAAUGCUCAGAGUCUGUAAGACCUUAUUUGGAAAUAGGGUCUUUGCAGAUGCGAUUAAGUUAAGGACCUUGAGAUUGGAUCAUUCUGGAUUAAGGUGGGCCCUAAAUCCAAUGACAGGUGUCCUUCUAAGAGACAGAAGAGGAGACACAGACACGGAGCAGGAGGCCACGUGGAGAUGGAGGCAGAGACUGGAGUGAUGUGGCCACAAGCCCAGGGACGCCUGGAGCCCCCAGGAGCUGGGACAGGCAGGAAGGACCCUCCCCUAGAACCUCCAGAAGGAACUGGAGGAUGCGUGAGAGACCCAGAACUUCCACAGAAGGAGGAAAAUUAACCCCCUGCUUCUCUAGACUGUCCCAAAGCUGAACCCUAGAAAGCAAAGCUGCUACAGAAGCAUCCAGGACCGAAAGUCCUCAGUCAGCGAGAGACCCCACAGGAACACACGCCGCAAGUGCUGAGCGUGGGCCUUGGGUGUGUCUCAUGAGGGAAAAAAAAAAAACUGUGAAAAACCUCAGAGUAGCACCUUCACAGUAAUGCACGGACGAUCCCUAAACUGCCUUGUAAACAAAAAUGAGAGCUUGAGUCAGAGGAAGCUGAGACAAUAUCCUUCCUCGACAACGUGCGAGAACCCUGACAUCCCCCAGCAAAUGAAGACGUCGCAAUCAGGCAAAAUGUGUCGAUUUUUUUUUUUUUUUUUUUGUCAUUAUGAUGAUUUUUGCAGACACUUGGCUAUGGAGAGCAGCCGACACCCCCUCUUACGGCCGCGGAUGUUUCCUGGAAGCUGACUCAGUCUGUUCACCGGCUGAGCUUUGAGUGAAAAGAUAACACAGGUCUAUUGACUCACACACGUGUUUUAAGACGGAAAACUUUUCUUCUGUUCUUGGCAGGACAUGGAGAGAGGGAGGGAUUCCAAAAAGUCUCAGCCUCCAUCAAGGCGUGGCGGCUCAUGCCGGUAAUCCCAGCACUUUGGGAGGCUCAGGCGGGAGGACUGACUGAGUUCGGGAGUUCAAGGGCCAACCUAGGCAACACAGUGAGACCCCAUCUCUGUAAAAAAUAAAAAUAAGACGUAAGAAAAAAA